GCGCGGCGCGGCGGGCCGACGUGGGACUCGCGCUCUCGCGGUCUCUCCCGGGCGGGCACGCGGGCACGCGCAGUCGCGGGCGCGCGCGCGGACGGCCGGGCGGCGGCGGCUCACGGAGGCGGUGGCUCCACUUUUCAGGACUCAGGGGCGGCCACAGCGACAGCCGCGGGCAGCAGCCUCGGGAGCCGGAGCUGGAACGGCCGGGGUGGCGGCGGCGGCGCCGGGGGAUCUAAAAUGUCCACUGAGGCACAAAGAGUUGAUGACAGUCCAAGCACGAGUGGAGGAAGUUCUGAUGGAGACCAACGUGAAAGUGUCCAGCAAGAGCCAGAAAGAGAGCAAGUUCAGCCCAAGAAAAAGGAGGGAAAAAUAUCCAGCAAAACAGCUGCUAAAUUGUCAACUAGUGCUAAAAGAAUUCAGAAGGAACUUGCAGAAAUUACGUUGGACCCGCCUCCCAACUGUAGUGCUGGACCCAAAGGAGACAACAUUUAUGAAUGGAGGUCAACUAUAUUGGGACCCCCAGGAUCUGUCUAUGAAGGAGGGGUGUUCUUUCUUGACAUUACCUUUUCACCAGACUAUCCGUUUAAACCCCCCAAGGUUACCUUCCGAACCAGAAUUUAUCACUGUAAUAUUAACAGCCAAGGCGUGAUCUGUCUGGACAUCCUGAAAGACAACUGGAGUCCGGCCCUCACCAUUUCUAAAGUUCUCCUGUCCAUCUGCUCUCUUCUUACAGACUGCAAUCCCGGCUGCCUGCGGUGAGCCUGGCCAGCAGGGUCCCGCGUCCAUAAACAGCCGAGAGGCCUUCGUCCACCACUUUUCAAGCAGGCAGAACGCCCCAGGCCAGGUCACUUGAAGACGCUCUGAGCACACCCACAAUCGUCACACUCCUCCCCUCCCCCCCAUCAUCUGCCGAAUGAAAUCAAGGAUCGGGUGCUCCCAGUCUCAGAUUUAUGCAGAUCUUUAUUAGAACAACAAGUGGAGCUAAGAAUGGCAGCUAAUUAACCCUCCGCCUUACACAGCGAUUAAGCCAAGGGUGCACGCAGCUGCAGCUUCCCUGGCGAGAGUUCCGUUCUUCCCAGAUGCAGCAAACGGAGGGAGGAAUCUGCUCCCCGGGACCCUUUGAUAGGGUUCAAAUGGCCUCCUCCUUCCCCAGCAUCACAGCCCUUAGCUCCAGAUCUCUUAUGGCCUGUUUUUAAACAACUAAUACAAUCCUUAUCCACCAACUGUCUCAGAUACAUUAACUUUGAUUGUUACCAAUUGCUUGUCUUUGCCCUGGUUAUGAUUCCAUAGUAAAUUGUGUUACUAUUAAAUAUUAAACUUUUUGAUAGUGACUGCUGAGGGGUGGGGACCAUAAAAUAGGAUUAAUUAUUUCAACACAGAUGUAUUUGUGUGGAUUAUUCACACUAAGUGUGUGAGCUCUUAGGCUGAUGCAAGGUACACAAAUGGAAUUUAAGAGAAUUCCGUUGCUUACAACAGCAGCGCAAACCUUGCUUCCGCAUACCCCAUUCUACUCCUACACUUGAGAACUGGCAGAGAACAAUUUAUUUAACUGAAGUUUAGGGAAAGCUGUAAAAGUGAUAAGCCUACCUGUUUUCAAAGCAGGCUAUCUUAACGGGAAUGCAAAAAAAAAAUUGAUUUUUCUAGAACAGACAUUACACAUGGCUACGUAGACAUCAGAUAUCUUCUGAUACCUAUGACUUUUUUUAAAGUGAGAAACUUAUAAUGUAGAAAUACACGGUACCGCAUACAGCUAACUUCAGGCCGUUUUCCUUGUUUGUGAAGAAUUGGCUUCUCUUCUAGAAUAUUACAUGUUGAAUUCCAAAAGCCAUUCCAAUCAGUACUUCCAAAUAUAGAUGUAAAUAAACUAUAAUUUGUAGUCAUUUAUCUUCCCUGAUGCCUUAUACAAGAAAGAGAAAGCUGUAGUUAUAUGUAGUUAAUUAAACUACCUGGUAUUUUAAAUACCAGGAGUUAAAUGGGGACCAAAAAAAAUGUAUAAAGGGCUUUGGGUUCUGGCUCAGAGUUCGCUGUAGACUCCUGGGGUCACUGCCCCGUCUUGCCCCAUCGGUGCCCAUAAGCUUACUCAGAUCAAUUUGGAAAUACGCUGUCUAGGGUGUGGAGGUUCUAGAAGAACUGAGGCUUCAUUGAGAAGGAUGAAUAAAACCAGGGAAUGUGCAUCAUUAAAGAAAAUGACGUUUCAGUUUUGCGAAUGAAAGAAGUCUCACAGAAAUUAUUCUGUACCAUCAUAAAUUAGGUUAGAAAAAAACCAGAAAAUAGAAAUUCUGAGAUAUUCACCUUGACCUUUAUAUUUAUAAUUGUGACUCUUGAAUGCUAUUAAAAGGAUUGUCUCCCUACGUUGUCACUCUGUAAAAAGAAACCCUUUAUAGUUAUCUUACAAGGUAUACUGGCGUAUAAUAAUGAAACUGAAAGAUCCAGUUGUAACAUUUUGUCAAAGGCUGAUUUUCUAGGAAAUAUAGAAUGAUAAAGGAAACUUAAAAUGACCUGAUCAUGGGUUCAGACUUUGGAUUGCCAUGUAGUGAAACAAGGGAAAAGGAUUCCUCUUUGAGACAAAGAGUUGCCAGGUAAGGAUUGGGGGCUUCAGCGUGUAGGUGAGAGAUAGAGGUGCAAGUGUCCUAAUCAGCCUUUGGUGUUUCUAUUGAUGCUUCAUGUAGGCAAGUCUUUUUUUUUUUUUUCUGCCCGUAGACAUAAAAUAAACUUUAUUUUUAGAGCAGUUUUAGUUUUACCGCAAAAUCGAGCAGCAAGUACAAAGUGUUUUCAUAUACACACACCCACAGCCUCCUCCACUGUCAGCAUCCUGCACCAGAGUGUACAUUUGUUACAGUCAAUGGACCUGCAUAUAGGGUUAUCCCUCAGUGCGUGUAGAUUACGUUAGAGCUCACUUCUGGUGUUGUACACUCUACAGGUUAUGUCAAAUGCAUGAUGAUAUGUACUGUUACAGCACCACAUAGAAUAGCUUCACCACCCUAAGAAUCCUUCAUGCGCCACCUCGUCAUCCCUUUCUCAUCCCUAACCCCCAGCAACCACUGAUCUUUUUCCUGUGUCCAUAGUUUUGCCUUUUCCAGAAGGUCAUAUGUUGGAAUCAUACAGUAUUUACCUUUUCAGAUUGGCUUCUUUCAAUUAGUGAUAUGCAUUUAAGGUGGCUCCAUGUCUUCUCAUGGCUUGAUGGCGCAUUUCUUUUUAGCUCUGAAAAAUAUUCCAUUGUGUGGUUGUAGCACACUUUAUCCAUUCACCUACUAAAGGACACCUGGGCUCUCUGUUAUUUUCCAUGGAUCUAUUUAUCUAUUCUUUCACAGUGCCACACUGUUUUGAUUACUGUAGCUUUAUAGUAAAUUUUGAAGUUGGAAAGUGUCCGUCCUGUGACUUUGCUCUUUUUCUUUAAUAUUGUGUUGGCUAUUCUGGGUCUUUUGACUCUCCAUAUACUUUAGAUUCAGUUUGUCAAUAUCCACAAAAUAUUGAUAACUUGCUGCGAUUUUGGUUGGGAUUGUGUUGAAUCUGUAGGUCAAGUUGUGAAGAACUAGCAUCUCGACACAUUGAGUCUUUCUAUCCAUAACACAAAUAGCUCCAUUUAUUUAGUUCCUUUUUGAUAUCUUUAAUCAGAGUUUUGUAGUUUUCCUUGUAUAGAUCUUGUACACAUUUUGUUAGAUUCAUACCUAAGUAUUUCCUUUUAUCGGGUGCUAAUGUAAAUGAUACUGUGUUUUUAAUUACAAAUUCCACUUGUUCAUUACUGGAAUAUAGGAAAGUAAUUGACUUUUGUACAUCAACUUUGUGUCCAGUAGCAUUGUUAUAAUUACUUAUUAUUUCUAGGAGAAUUUUUUUGUCUCUCAGAUUUUCUACCUAGACAGUCAUGUCAUCUGUGAAAAAAUACAGUUUUAUUUCUUCCUUCCUAAUCCGCAUACUAUUUUUUUCAUUUUCUUCUUUCCUUCUUCUUAGUUAGGACUCCCAGUGUAAUGUUGAAAAGGAAUAAUGAGGGGACAUUUUUGCCUCUUUCCUGACCUUGGUGAGAAAAUGAAAACUUCCUCACCAUUAAGUAUGAUGAUUGCUGUAGUUUUUUUGUAGAUUCUUCAAAUCAAGUUGAGGACGUUUCCCUCUAUUUCUAGUUUGCUGAGGGUUUUUUCAUGAAUGGGUGUUGGAUUUUGUCAGAUGUUUUUUCUGCAUCUGUUGAUAGAAUCACAUGAUUUUUCUUCGUUAGCCUGUUGAUGUGGUGGUUUUACAUUAAUUCAUUUUGUAAUAUUGAACCAGCCUUACAUACCUGGGAUAAAUCCCACUUGGUGGUGAUGUAUUCUUCUUCUUAUAUAUUGUUGCUAAUAUUUUGUUGAGGAUUUUUGCAUCAAUGUUUAUGAGAGAUAUUGGUCCGUAGUUUCCUUUUCUUUUAAUGUCCUUGUCUGGUUUUAGUAUUAGGGUAAUGCUGGCCUCAGAAUGAGUUAGGAAGUAUUCCCUCUGCUUGUAUUUUCUGGAAGAGAUUGUAGAGAAUCGUUAUAAUUUCUUCCUUAAAUAUUUGGUUAGAAUUCAUCAGUAAACCCAUAUGGGCCUGGUGCUUUGUGUUUUGGAAGGUCAUUAAUUACUGGUUAAAUUUCUUUAACAGGUAUAGGCAGUAGGCAAGUUUUAAUCUAACAUAACCUUCACUUUGCUAUCUUUCCUGAACAGCCAAUGUGUCUAGGUUAAAAAGAACAUUAGCUGCUUAUUAUUCUUUUGAUAGAUCAUUGUCCAGAAAUGCUGACCUCCAAAAGCUUUGUUGCUUUCAUAGUUAAAUAUAUCUCCUUCGUAGGUUUGGUUCUUUUGAAGAUGGUAAAAACUAGACUUUACCAUAUUUGUUGAUAUAUGGGAUGAGAUGCACUUAAAACGUGCCCAUAAAGUUUCACCUUCAUAACUUAACUUAAGAAAAGGGCCAUUGGGGAAAUUGCUCCCAGUGGUAAAUAUGAAAAUACAGCCUGGGAUUUAUCAUCUUCCUGUUUUUUUUUUCUGGCUUCCAUUUCCUUACCUCUGACCCAGGGAAUAGCUGUGACCAGGGAAGAGCUGUGCUCUGGCGUUCCUAAAGCAGGAAGAUGAAUCCCAGGGUUGCAACUGCAAUUCUGCUCUCUUUUUAACCAUUAUGGAGUUGUCCACUCAUCCUCUGUAAGGAUUCUGAUUGGUCUGUCCCACGACAGCAUGUACAGUAAAAAUCUCACCAUUUCAGUAUAAUUAAGAAAAGGCCAGCCUGAUUAGUUAUUUUUUAAUGAAUUGUAGGACAUUUUAAAUGAGUGAAGACCGAAUACUUUUAAGCACAUAUAGGGAACAUUAGUAAAAUGUUUAGACUGGAUGCCCUGUAGACUCUGCUUUACCAAGGAAAGGGGUGGAAGUGGGUUUUUCACGUUCAGAAAAAUACAGAAAAUGGUUAUAAUGAACCCUAAUAUAUCCCUCACCUAAUACAGAUUCAAAACUUACUUUUAUUAAGGGUUGAGGUAUUAUUACAGGUUAGCAAGUACUCUUUUAGACAGGCUAACUAGUCUCAGAUAAUAUUGCUUUCCACCAUCCAUUUUCACGGCAACCCUUUUUAAAAGGGAUGAAACAGUCAACUUCAGGACGGGUUGUUGCCUCACAGUUAUUAAUAUUCGUUACUGAAGGGUGCAGUGUGUGUUGCUGUGGACAGUAGGCCACUGAGUGAAGUCGUUUUUUUAAGGAGAAAUGACGAUGAACUAUUUAAGUGACACAUGUUUGACAUCGUUACCAUGCACUGUAGUGUUUUAAUAUGGAAACUUUAGAAUUCUGAAACAUAAUAAAACACCUCUAAUUGUCUAGAAAUGCACUUGUGUGGACAAAACAUUGGAUGAUUAACAGUUUGCCUUUUUAAUUUGGAUAUUUGAGAUCGUAUUGUCUGGGGAGAAAUAUCAUAAUUAUGGGAAUUUGAAGAGUUAAUGUAGCCCUACCAGUGUCUGGCACCCUUAACGGAUCAGCCGUCAUCUUUACUUUUCCUUAUUUUCUAACUCAGCCUUCCAUUCAAAAUUGGGCCUGGGAAGGGGCUGUCAGUAACGGCAUGUGCAAUAAUCCUUGUAUUAAAAAGAAGGUGCUUCUAAAAUGUCAGACUGAUUAUUCCUACCCAACAGCAAUAACUUCUCUUUUUCUUCUCUUUCUGUUUGUCCUUUAAGAGAUCCUGGAGCCUCAUGCUCAUUAUGGGUGUUGAAUUUCUGGUUGUGUCAUGUUGGUGAAGAAUCCUGUACUAAGCAGUACAGGACUUCCUUUAAACCACAGGCAUACGUCUUUCCACGACAGGUGUGUUCCUGGGAAAAAAUUAUAAAUCAAAAUAUUUGUGGUGUAUUUGAAGAACCUUUCUGCUGCAGAGUAGCCUAUGGAGGAGCGAAAUGAAGCACUUUUAAACUUGAGUAAUGAACACCCCCAUUUGUUUUUUCUUAAUGCAAGAGUUUUUUCCCCCUAAUUCAGCACUGCCUUUCCUUUGAGGGCAUUUCCCCAAAUUAGUCAUAGUGUUUGUGAUAUUCAGGUGCCUAGGCCAGCUGACAGAAGCCUGCCAGCCGUGUGCCCAGUGGCACGCAUGUAGGUAGGACCUUUUGGGAGGACUUCACAUCAGUGAAGAGCUUCAUGGCCACACCUUACCCUGGCGACUGACUCUUUUGUGCAGACUGGCUCCUGUGAUGGAAACGUGUUCAUCCACAGUCUAAUUCAAAUACAUAAGGGAAAUUAGGAUAAACGGAGACGUAGAGGACAUGUCUUUACAGUAUAUUGAGCUUUGGAUGCCAGCGUUAGGUUUUCAUAAGAAAAACUCUAGAAAAGAUCACUCAGCUACAGUGCAUGAAUAAAUAACCCUGUUUCACUCGGGCAAUGACACGUAAGAGUACCAGCCACCCCGGUCCUCUGUAGAAGGGUGCAUUUACCUGAGGAAUGUGUGUGGUUUUUAUCUAGGCAAGGGUCACAUAGGGCUGGUGUGACCUUAUCCGGAAUAGUUUUGAGCCUGCAGAGAACGCAUGCUUUCAAUGGAGUUACAUUCCAAAUACCGUGGAGAAGGAAUUCCCUGGCAGUCUGCAGUUAGGAUGCCGAGCUUCCGCCGCAGGGGGCCCGGGGUCAGUCCCUGAUUGGGGCACUAAAAUUCCUCAAGCCACGUGGCGUGGCCAAAAACAAACUAAAAACAAACCAACACAAAUACUGUGGGGUAGCUUAGAGUUGGGAUUCAUCACAUCUGAGCUCAAAAUAGCCUGUGUCUAGUUCGGUAAAAGUUUUUAAGUGAAAGAUUACUGUUUGUGGGAGGGUUUUGUUUGCUUGUUUGUUUAAUUCUCUGGAAAAGUGAUUUCAAGUUGCAGUUAUUCUAACCAGGCAAAGAAGCCUUUGAUUUACAUGCGAGAGUUGCGUUUGGGGAACUCAUUUCUAGCCAUGGGUAUAUUCAUAGUGGUCAUCGUGGAAGAGGGUAUCUAAGGUGAAAAAAAAGGGGGUUAUAGAUGCAUGUACUCCUUGAUUAUGUAUCUGUAGUGGCUUUUUCUUUUUUCAAGUGGAAAUAUCUUUAGUGUAUUUUCUUGUAAAAAUAACGCAUGCUUCUUAAUUUUUUCUUAAAUGUCCUUUAAAGGUAAGUAUUUAAUUUUCCUUGGAGGCUCUUUGCUCUGCAAACUCCAAUUCAGUGGGACUCAGCAAAGUAUAUUUGUCAGUUACAUUUGUCUCAUUAUAAUAUGGUGUAGAUUUAGACUCACUGACCUCAACUUUUUAGCCCUGGCUUUGACCCACUUCUGCUUAGCAUUCCCUGUGCAUAUUUUCUUAUUCCUUAAUUAAUAUAAAUCUAGACAUGGAUUAGCUGUUGCUACACAUUUUGUUAUAAAGUCAUCUCUUGCUGUCCCUGCAAUAAUAACCUGUAAUUUAUUGGUUUGGAAGUUGAUCUCAUUAAAAAGUUGCUGUAUAUAUUAACUCGUGAUGGAAAUUCUCUUCGAUCUACUUUUUAGAAAAUGUCACUUGAGGGUUUUCCUUGUUAGAAAUCAGCAGUGAUCUAUUUUUUCUUUAGAGAAACACAGAGGAAAUGAUGGGGUGGUCUGAAUCAGUACUUAUCCAUUUCUACACUCUCCCCAAACUGAAGUCUUCCUCCACUAAAAUCAAUUAAUGAAUGUAUUUCUUAGUGUCAGAAUUUAGUAAAUUGUCUGUUUUUGAGGUGUUUUUCUCCCCAUAAAUUGUCUUCAAAUCUUUAACAUCUGAUGGUCUUUUGGGAAUUGGGUAAAGCUGUUGAAAUAUCUGUUCUGUCCUUGUCAGUGAAAGGCUCUGAAAACACAAAUAAGAAAUUGAAAAGUGAAGCAGACCCUCCGUAUAAAUAAACACCAUCUUUACUCGCAUGGAAAUGUGUCUUUUAUUCAGAACUCUUUAGCCAAAGGAUGAUUUAAAGACUAUCUUUCCUUUACUUGAGUAAUUUCUGAAGAGUCGAGGACAUUUAGGCUAGAUCUUGAUUAACUUUUUCUUUAUUUCUUAAAUGAAGGUCAUUUAAAGAUAAAGAUUACAGUGGUGGAAAAAGGGCUCAUUAAUUCUGCUGAAUCUAGAGUAAAGCAAGAUUUGUUUUAAAUGAUAGGGAAGGAAUUAUGCAAGACUUGUAUAUUUUAGGUCAAAGGUCUUUCCUAUUCCCCUAGAUAACCUCUCCCAGUGGGUUUUUGUUUUGUUUCGUUUUUUACAGUUUAGAACCAGUAAUAAGUUUCUCACUCUUUAAAAUGAGCCGCCUUUCCUUCUGUACUCCCGUCUUUUUUUACUUUGGUCGUGAGGUAGCACAGCACUGAUUUAAUGCUUAGUCAUCAUCACUCCAUUAACCCGUAUAAUGAAUAUGCGUACUAAUUAUACGUGCUGCUUUUCUGUACCUCUGUCCAUGUUCUUUAUUAUGACUUACUCUGUUUCUGUUGUAAUCAUUUUAUUGAGCAUAAGUAUUGAUAUUUUAUUGCAAAUUAUUUGACUCUCUUUGGGCAGAGUAAGGCAUAUAUAAGAGAUUAAAGUUCUGCUGUGGUAGGUUCACGGGGAACAUUGAGAUUAAAGUUCUGCUCUGGUAGGUUCCAAGGGGAACGACCCAGCACUCACUGUUUGGCUUUAUUGAGAGCUUCAGUCAGGAGAAACGUAACUGCAUCAGGCUCUGCUAAGUGGUUUCGUUCCAACAACGAGAGGUAUUUUUUUCUGUCUGUUGUCCAGCUGUCCUGUGGUCUCUGGGUCUCCACACACAUAGAAAGGUACCCGCUCUUAAUGCCAGGCAAGGAUUUGCCCCAGGUGUCUUUUCCAUCACUUAGAAUAUGUAGAAAUGAUGAGAUGAUUACGGAGCUGGGAAUAGUCUGUGUAAUUCUCUCAGAUCUUCACUAUAUGCCACUCUUUUCGUUUUGGGCUGCACCUCGCAGCCUAUGGGAUCUUGGCUCCCUGACCAGGGAUUGAACCCGCGCCCCCUGCAUUGGAAGGCGAAGUCUUAACCACUGGACCGCCGGGGAAGUCCCUGAGUUACGGGGUGUUGUUGUUGUUUUUCUCUAUGUGCCACUUUUGAAACUCCAAGUGCUAUUUCUUGGUUGGUUAAUUGCUUCUGCAAUUCAGACUUCUCUCCCCAUUCAGUCCGUAUCUGUAAUGUCGUGGUUUGUUAAUACUUGUUGGUGGUCGAUGGGAUCAUUCUAACAUUUACUGUCAGAAACACGUAUACCUGGUUUACGAAUGACAUAGCAUGGAUUUUACCUACUGUAAAUUUUAUAAGCGGAUACAUGUUUAAAACGUGAUAACAGCGUGAAACACCCUCCAGGAUGUUGACUGUCCCCCCACCCCUGCCUCCCCCACUCGGAAGGACCCCUCAGCCCAGAGGCCAUGGGCCCCUGAUAGCUUUUCUCUCGGCCCAAGUCCCCGUGUGGCUGUCACAUUCCCCGUUCAGGUGACCCUUCCGGGAGGACCACCUCUGAGAUCACUGACACCACCCUGGCACACCGGGGAGGCCCCUCUGUGAUCACACCGGCUGUUAAAGAGUCUUUACGCACAGAGGACUUGUUGAUGAAGCAGCUCUGUGAGCAGGCUGGAGGGAAGAGCGAUGCUCUUGAGGGAGAGCCCUAGACUCCCUCCUCCUGCAAACAGAAGCAGCCAGUGUCCGGUGAGCCACACUCCCACAGCGGCCUGUUCAUCACCGCCUUCGGAAGAGCGCCCCCUUCAGGGAUCCCAGCAGAAAAAGCGGUCGAGGAAGAGAACGGACCACAUCAGAGGUCGUCCAAAAAGUAGUGCAACCCAGAUCACCUUUUGAAAGAGACAGAUGCUGGAGCUUCACAAAUGCUUUCUUACUCACCUUUGACCCGCCCUCAUUAGCCCAGGGGCUCUGCUGCACUUUACUUCCUGGGCUUCGUGAUAUAAAAACAGAGCACCUCUGCACAAACCCCGCCUGGGCCCCAGGCUCUGAUUUGACUCCUCACUCAAGCGUGAAGGGCCCCCCUAUCCUCCGAAGCGAUCACUGAGCUGGCGAAGUGAAGGGGACCAGCCACAUACUUACGUCUUUAGGACGGAGCUUUGUGGUGGGUGUCUCCUUGGUCACCCCUCUCCUUUCUGCCUUUUCCCACUAGGCCCUCUCUUCUCUCUUAUAUGUAUUUCCGGCCUCUUGGUUUUUCCGCGGAUCCUUCUCUUUUUCUUUUCUUUUUUUAUCCCUGUUGGUCACCUGCUGCCCUCCCUCUUUUUUUUUAAUUGAAGUAGAGUACCUUUACAGUGCUAGUUUCAGGUGUACAGCAUAAUGAUUCAAUAUUUUUAUAAAUUAUACUUCAUUUGAAAUUAUUACACAAUAUUGUCUGUAUUCCCCAUGCCAGACAGUAUAUCCUUGUAGCUUGUCUAUUUUAUACAUAGUCAUUUGUAUCUCUUAACCCCUUCCCUUUUCUUGCCCCUCCCCCAUCCCUCUCCCCACUGGUAACCACUAGUUUGUUCUCCAUAUCUGUGAGGCUGUUUCUGUUCUAUUAUAUUCGUUUGUUUUUUCUUUUUUAGAUUCCACAUGUAAGUGAAAACAUACAGUAUUUGUCUUUCUCUGCCUGACUGACUUCACUAACUAUAUAGUGUUCUCUAGGUCCGUCCACGUUGCUGCAAAUGGCAGAAUUUCACUCUUCUCUGUGGCUGAGUAACGCUUCAUCGUAUACGUAUACCACACCUUCUUUAUCCAUUCAUCUGUUGAUGGACACUUAGGUUGCUUCCCUAUCUUGGCUGUUGUGAAUAUGCUCUUAUAAACAUUGGGGUGCAUGUAUCUUUUUGAAUUAGUGUUUUCAUUUGCUUUGGAUAUAUACCCAGGAGUGGAAUUGUUGGGUCACAUGGUAGUUCUGUUUUUAAUUUUUUUAGAAACCUCCAUACUGUUUUUAGUAGUGGCUGCACCCAUUUACAUUCCCCUAGGGUUCCCCUUUCUCCACGUCCUCGCCAACAUUUGUUAUUUGGUAUCUUUCUGAUGAUGGACAUUCUGACGGGUGCGAGUUGAUAUCUCAUUGUGGUUUUGAUUUGCAUUUCCCUGAUGAUUAGUGAUGUUGAGCAUCGCCUCAUGUGCCUCUUAGCCAUCUGUAUGUCUUCUUUGGAAAAACGUCUACUCAGGUCUUCUGCCCAUUUUUUAAUCAGGUUGUUUGUUUUUUGAUAUUGAAUUAUAUGAGCUCUUUACAUAUUUUUCAUAUUAACCCCUUAUGAGAUGUAUCAUUUGCAAAUAUCUUCUCCCAUUCAGUAGGUUGUCUUUUCGCUUUGUUGAUGGUUUCCUUCACUGUGCGAAAGCUUUUAAGUUUAAUUAGGUCCCAUUUGUUUAUUUUUGCUUUUAUUUCCCUUCUCUGAGGAGGCAGGUCCAAAAAGAUAUUGCUUAGACUUAUGUCAAAGAGUGCAUUGCCUAUGUUUUCUUCUAGGAGUUUUAUGGUUUCCUGUCUUACAUUUAGGCCUUUAAUCCAUUUUGAGCUUAUUUUUGUAUAUGGUGUGAGAAAAUGUGCUAGUUUCAUUCUUUCCCAUGUAGCUGUCCAGUUUUCCAAGCACCACUUAUUGAAGAGACUGUCUUUUCCCCGCGCUGCUCCUCCCCUUAACUUUUUUAACCUUUCUUUCACCCAGCAAAAUGUUAAUUUAAAAAAAAGAAGAAAUGAAAUGAAAAAAGAAGGAAAUCCAAGCUAUCUUUUUGAUUUAUUUUUGUUUUGAAAGAGCUUUAUUUAUUAGUAUCUCUAUAACCAGAUGACUUAGCUUGUAGUGUCUGUUGGCCUAGGGUAACCUUGGAAUAUUCCAUUUCACUUCAUGUGCCAAGUGGUGACUCUUGUUCUUCUGGUAUGCCAGGGCAGGAGUGGCCCGACAGCUCUCAAAAGGGCUAUCGUGUCAAGUCUGAAACUGUGGCUGAACACUGUGAGUGGUGUCAGAGCGGGCGCCGUUCGCAGCCAGUACAUACCUUCUUAAUACCAUGGCCUCUUUCUCCAGCUAACCAGCUUCUUUUUAUAAUCUAGUCUGGAAAAUAUAUUAAAUACAAAGUCCUAUGCUCCGUAAGUACCACUGCCAAAGCCGUAUCAUGCACAUAGCACAAUGAUCUCAUUUUGAUGUUCAUAACAUCUUUGUCCUGUGUGUGGAUGGCAUGUUUGAACACAAUGAAGGUUAUACUUUGCCACGUUAAAAAAAAUAUUAAGUCAAAGGAACCAGAUUAUACCGAGUUUUGAAGGUGUCAGGAAGACAAGAGUGUUGCCCACCUCUUUCUCUCACUAGAUAAGUCGGUGUACUCAUUUAUGAAUUGAAGACAGUGCUUCUGACCCUGACUGUCUUGCAGUGUUAUUGUAAAGACACAAGGGGCUAUGUAUCUGUAAACACUUUGAAGGCUGAGUAUUGUUGUACAGAAUGUAUUGAACUGAAGGCCCAUGUUAACUCUGCAAGGUGUGAUGACCUUUGAGUUGUCUAAAAAAACAAUUUUGUUUUUUGAAUAAAAUCUUUAAAUUGCUCCUU